AUGUCUCCUCUUCUGACCCCCGAGCAGAAGAAAAAGAUACAGCUGAUGCAUCUGAACAUGGGACAUCUUCCCAAAGAACAGAUGCUCUCCAUGCUCAAGGCAGCCGGUGCCAAGGAGGGCGUCAUGAAGUAUGUGAAGGACUCCUUCAAUUGUGAACACUGCAUGAGACAAAGGAGGCCCAUUGAGAGAAGACACGCAGCAUUGCCACGGACAUUCAUGUUCAAUAGAAUAGUCGGUGUGGACUUCUUGUAUCUCUCAUUUGAGAACCGAACUCAAGCCUUCUUGAACGUGAUCUGUCAGGGAACAAAUUAUCAACAAGUUGCCCAUCUCAAGAACUACGAGGGAGGAAACUCGAAGGCCGAGAGACACGGAGGUUGGGUGAAAGAGAGAGCAGAGAUGGAAGUGAAUUCGGGUCAGACCAUCCUCAGCAGCGUGGGUGAGCUUGAAGAACUCGUCAUUUGUAUGGUAGCCUGCAAGAACAGGUGGUUUUCUCGCGGGGGCUAUAGUCCCUCCCAGCUUGUUUUUGGAAUCAACCCCAGGGUGCCGACUGAGUUGCUCGACGAUGACCCAAUGCACGACCUGGGAUGGAGAGAGAUUGACACAGAUCCCUAUGACCAAGAUACGGCAGCCUCAGCCUUCACCAAGGCUCACCAUAUUCGCCACAGGGCUCGGCAACUGUGCAUUGAAGCAACCAGCCGGGACAAGAUCAAGAGAAGUUCAAGUCAAAGAGCACACAAGCAAAGAGAGUGGGCUGUUGGUCAGUGGGUCUAUGUGUGGCGUCGAUUUCCUGGCACUGGCCAGGGACACCUGACCAGAGCCAGAUGGACAGGUCCGGGCAUUGUCGUACUUCAAGCCGGGCAUACCGUCUGGGUAUCCAUGAGGGCAAGACUUUGGAAAUGCAACUCAGACCAGCUCAGGCCGGCUUCUCAUCAUGAGUCGAUCGGAGCAGAUCUAUCGCGCUCAGGAGAACUACAGGACUUGAUCAGACAGGGCAGGUCUGCUAAAGCGGGUGCCGUAGACGUCACAGCAGAAGGAACCCCAGAUGAAGAAGACACAACUUCCGUUCCAUCGCACGACCAGGUCGAGCCAAUGGUCUCACCAGCAGCUGACGUGCCAGCGGCGAUUCAACUGGAACCAACACCGUCCUCAGAAACCCCCCCUGUGGAGACAACAUCUCUCCUCAGGAACAUCAGAGAGCCUCAAGCCGCAGUUCCCAUCGAGGAUGACAGAUCAGCCCUGGAAGACACCUCAAGCAUGUCAACCAUCAAGGAAGGCAGGAAGAGACCGACUUCAGCAGACGAGACAACAGCAAGCAAGAAGAAGCAGACCGCUCCAGUAGGUCGAACUACAUCGGCGUCAACCAGAUCCAAGAGACAGAUCUCUGAGACAGAACAUCUUGAAAGAGUUGCCCUGAGGACCAUGAAACGCAUGGACAGAGAGGAGAAGAUGAGAAGACUAAAAGAGACCUCCAGCGACUCAGCUGUCAACCCUCAGACAGCAGCAGCUUCGAGCGAUUCUGUCAAUGAGAGUGCGGUCCCCAACCAGCUGAAGGAGUUUCAGAACCAGUUCAAGGAAGAAGCUCCUCAGGACAAGAAAGACUUAGAGGAAGAUGAUGACCUCUUCGUCAACAGCAGUCAAGAGCCUCAACAGUUGCUGUCGUUCUUCGAGCUCAAAGCAGAGAAUAAGGUGCUCAUGGCUCGUCCCGCGAAGCCCAAGUCCCAAGAGUUCAACAUGAAGGAGGCUACACCAGCAGAGAUGCGAGGCUUCAGGGAGGCCGAUGCUGCAGAAUGGAGAAGGAUUCUCGAUCUGAACGCAGUCAAGAUCCUUAGUCAGGAGGACUCAAGACGUGUGAGAAAGGAAACACCUCAUCGAAUUCUCCCAUCAAGGUUCGUGCGCAGAAAGAAGCCUAUGCCAGGAGUAGGACAGUGGAAGUUCAAGAGUCGCUGGUGUGUUCUGGGUCAUUGUGAUCCGGAUAACGGCACCUACUCAACGUACUCUCCAAUGCCCACUACUGAGAGCAUUGCUGUUUUCUUUCAAAUUUGUGCCAACCUGAAACUUUCCAUCAACGUCAAAGAGUGGAUCUUGAAAGAGCUUAGUGAACGUUUUUUGUUUGGCAAGAUGGAGCAUGAUGAGGCUGAUUUCGCUGGAAGACAUGUCAAGGUCCUUCCUGACAGGAUAGAGAUGCACCAAGAGAAAUACAUUUUGGAGAAGAUCCAGCCCGUGAAAAUGACACCCGGCAGGAAAGCCGAGAAAGCCGAUCAGCUGACCUCAGAGGAGUUUGAAUUAUUUCGAUCCAUGCUGUACAGAAUAGCGUGGGUAGCUCAUCAAACACGACCAGAGGCAGCCGGAGUGGUUAGCAUUCUUGCCUCCCGACUCAAGGAAGCCACCGUUCAUGACGUUUGCUGUUUGAACCGACUUGCAGCCCACUUGAGAAACACAGCGCAGCAGGUUCUCACCAUUCACUCAUUCAAGACCGAAGACAUGGUUUUGAUAGCAGCAUCCGAUGCCGGCGGUGUAGAUAGUUUGCCACCAUCGCCAGACAGUGCCAUUGACAAUGUACAAGGAGCAUGGGUGAUCAUGGCAGCCGGACGCAUGCCAAGCGCAUCACAGAACACCAAGGUGAGCAUUCUGAGCUGGCGGUCAUCGAAACUUCGACAAAGAGUGGCAUCGACCUUAGCAAGUGAAGCUCUAGCCUUUAGUCAGGCUCUCGCAGAAGUCGAGUGGGUGCAGAUCAUGAUCAGAGAUGUCAUGUAUGGCGAUGUUCUUAGACGGGAUUGGAUGCAGUCACUGAACCCCUAUGUGGGCCUCUACGGCAACUUGCAGUUCAACUACUAUGACCCUCAGUGGGCCAAGGUGGAUGCUGGUGCCAUGGAGUGCUCGUCGGUGGGUGACAGGAGUGUGGGCGCAGUGGGUGGGUACUUCAAUGCCUCUUACAUCGUGGAGUCUUUGCUGCUCCCCAUCUCCUUCUUCAUGCACAUCGCGUGCUACAUCCAGAAGCAGAAUGGAAAGUGA